CCCGAAAAAAGGAAACAAAGAGAGAGAAAGAAAGCGUGAGAGCAGUAGAGCACACAGUGUGAGAGAGCGAGAGAAAAACCGCCAUGGAUCCACCCCAACUGAGACCAGGAGCUCCACAAAAUCGCCCUCAGCCACCACCUCAAGGAGGCGGCGGCGAUUCCUCUGCCAUUUUCUUUGUCUUCUUCGCUUUCCUCGCCAUUUUCGCCGUGACGGUUCUUCCAACAUCAACAACUCUAUCCAUUCUGCACCAAGUCCCAGAAGGUCAUGUUGGGGUAUAUUGGAGAGGAGGCGCUCUUUUGAAGACAAUUACAGAUCCAGGUUUUCAUCUCAAGCUGCCUCUGGUCACCCAUUUUGAACCGGUUCAAGUGACCCUGCAGACUGAUCAGGUGAGGGAUAUUCCAUGUGGUACAAAAGGGGGUGUCAUGAUCAAUUUUGAGAAGAUUGAGGUCGUAAACAGGCUUCGUAAGGAUUUUGUGUACGAGACGCUUCUCAAUUAUGGUAUCCAUUAUGACAAUACCUGGAUAUAUGAUAAAAUUCAUCAUGAGAUCAAUCAGUUCUGCACCUCACAUUCUCUUCAAGAAGUUUAUAUUGAUGUGUUCGAUCAGAUUGAUGAAAAGAUGAAAGAAGCUCUUCAGGGUGACUGUACCCGUUAUGCUCCGGGUAUUGAAAUCAUCAAUGUCCGUGUUACAAAGCCUACCAUCCCAGAAAGUAUAAGACGUAACUUUGAGCAAAUGGAAGAGGAGCGCACCAAGGUCUUAAUUGCUAUAGAGAGACAGAGAGUAGUGGAGAAAGAGGCAGAAACCAAGAAGAAGAUGGCUAUCAGUGAGGCUGAGAAGAAUGCCAAUGUCAGUAAGAUUCUUAUGGAACAAAAGUUGACGGAGAAGGACAGUGCUAGGAGACAGGAGGAGAUUGAAAACCAGAUGUACACAGCUCGGGAAAGGAGCCUUGCAGAUGCUGAUUUCUACAAAGUUAUGAAGGAAGCUGAAGCAAACAAGUUGAAGCUUACUCCACAGUUUCUUGAGCUUAAAUUCAUCGAUGCCAUCGCUGAUAACACUAAAAUUUUCUUCGGAGACAAGGUUCCUAAUAUGAUUUUGGAUCAGAGGUUGCUGGGGAACUUCUUACAGGUUCCGGCGGAGGUGCCAAAAGAAGUUUCCGGGGAAGCUAACUGAGAAGCUGGUGCUGCAAUUUCCUUUCUUUUUUCUCUUCGGUUAAUUGUCCGCAUUUGAUUCUUUUUUGUCUGUUAGGGCCCGUUUGGUGGGCUGGAUGGGAUUGGUUAUGAUCAAUUAAAAUAGGUUUGAAUCCUGUA